AUGCCGCUGGAAACCCGAUAUGUGGCACUGAGCUAUGUCGCGGGCCAGAUGCCCGUCUUUCGACUCAGCAAAGAGAAUUUUGAGUCACUUCAGGUAGAAGGCUGUCUAGCUGAGAUCCGAUCCGACCUCCCACGAACCAUUAACGAUGCCAUCGACUUCACCAAGUCUCUCGGUGAGAGGUACAUCUGGGUAGAUGCCCUCUGCCUAGUUCACGAUGAUGUGCAUGAUGUCAGCUUUGGGGUAGAGAUAAUGAAUUCUAUCUACCAGGGAGCAUACUUCGUCAUUAUUGCAGCCGCCGGCACCGACUCAAAUUCACCACUCAUUAGCGGUCAGCCCGAAUGCUUUCUCAGCUCACGGAUUACUACCCAACUGAAUACCGUUGUCCAUAUGGCAGCGGUACAGGGUCUUGACUGGCAUCUUGAACAUUCGGUUUACAGGACCCGCGGAUGGACCCUCCAGGAAGAGGUGCUGUCUUACAGAGCAGUCAUCUUUGUCAACAAUCAGCUGUACUUCCGGUGCCGGUGCGCAAACUGGAGCCAGGAAACAGCUGCGGAUUUGAAAUUAACUUGGCUGGACCCGGGUGACAACAAUGUUGCUCGCACGACAACUUUACAAGACGGAAACCAAGCAGCAUGGAGAGCCUACCAAAACCUCCUCGAAGACUACUCAAACAGACAACUCAUACUCGACGGCGACGCGCUCCGAGCUGCAUCCGGCAUACUCCGCGUUUUGACGGUCGGCUUGGACUCUUGGCAUUUAGAUGGUUUGCCAGCAUACUACCUCGACCUCAGUCUGCUUUGGAUUUCAACAGGGGGAAAUAUGAGGAGAAGGCCCCAAUUCGCGAGUUACUCCUGGGCGGGCUGGGCCGGCGGGAUCAAGUGGCCCACCGAGAACGAAGCCUGGGCUGAAGAAUCCGGUGAAAUAACACGCAGCACCGAUAAUCUGCGUCGAUGGAUAUUGGAAAAGACUUUCGUCAGGUGGUGCUGCUGGGACCAGGGAUACAGUCUCGAGACUCUCUUCAACAACGACUACGACAAACCCAGCAGAUUCACCCGUCUUGUGUCCGAGUACGCCGGCUCACUGCCGCAGCAUGUAAUCGAUGGCUUUGAAGACCAGAGAUUCACCGAAAACUCUGUAUGGAGCAUGUGUACGGGUAGUUCUGGGUUCGGCAUGCGGCCGGAUUUCAAAGACCAGGGGCGAUGCCACCCCGACGGAUCCCCCAGGAUCGUCACGCUUUUCGAGACGGAGCUGGUGAAUAGCCAGGCGGAGUACGAUAAGUUUGCAUCUCGGGUUGUUAAGCCGGAUGAUCGCACAAUACUGUACAGCGCCCAGAGGCCAACAGGCUGCGAAAAGCGCAUGUAUCGAGCGCACAGAGAAGACGACGACGGAAACAUAACGGGAAACCGAUGGGCCAAAAACUUCAUUGAGUAUAGGAGCCCUGAUAUGCUUUCAACCAGAGAGAUUGGAGAGGAGCUGGAGGAUUUUAGUGAGUGGAAGGAUAAGAGGUAUUGGUGCACCCAAUACGGCUACAACCACGAGCUCAAGGAGCAUAACAGACCUCCUCUGAAGAUGCCGGACUAUCCACCCUAUCCUCUGUUGCAUUUCCAUACAAUUUCCCUGAAACUCCGAACCGGCACCCCGACAGGUUCGUCAGCGCACGCGUCUGGUCGAGUACCAGGGACGCCACUGUUGUCCGAAGACGGGAAACUGGUGGGAUCUCUCCAUCUCGACAACAUAGCGGAGUCCGCAUAUGCGCCAGGGACCGAAGUCGAGCUUGUCCUCCUCUCAAAGUGCUUACUGCCGACAGAGGGGUCCACUUUGCCCACGAACGUUGAGCGGGCGACUGAGAAUAAGGCCUGGGAUAUGUUCUGGGUGAUGCACAUCGUCUGGAAAGAGACUGCUAUUGCUGAGAGGCGUGGGAUUGGGCAGGUUUUGGAUGUCGCGCUCACGACGGCGUGCGGUGCUGGACCCGAGGAUAAGUACAUUAUGUUGGCAUAA